UCCGCCAUAUUGACUGUUGUCUUGACUGGAGAAGAUAGGGUGACCAUUUGUGAUCCUAGAACAAAUCGAAACCGUGCUUUUUAACAUCUCUAAACUAGUGCUACCUUGACCAAAGGAUAUAUCCGAGAUCUGCGUGAUGGCGAGGAAGAAAAGCAAACAACAAGGAGUCGCGAGCAAGGAGCUGGUGUCCGGACAACAGAGCAUAUCGAAGAGCCCCGUUUCUCCCGGAGAUGCAGCUGGCGGGGAUGCAGGGCUGGAUAGACUGGCGGCCAGGGCGAACCAGCCAAUGCACACCUGCUGCCUCCUGUGUCACCGUGAGUUUAAGGACUGGGGGGCGAGCUCAGCCAACGGUCUGCCUGGGGGCCACGGGGCGAAGCUAGCCGACGCUGUCCCAGCACUGUCCCAGGCCCUGCUCAGAGAGGUGCCGGGCCAGAAGCUGUCCGACACCGUGCCUUCGCUAAGCCAGUCUCUACUGGGAGAGGUGCCACUCUGGAUCUGCCAGAGCUGUCGGAAGAGUGUUGAGGAGGAGGAGAGACGGAGCGCACAGGACACGGCUGCACCGGUUCCGUUGUCCCACUCAUCAUCGUGUAGGGCUCAGAGCUGUAGUGAAGGUUACCCAGAGCAGAGCUCGGUAGACUGGGACCCAUCCUCCUUCCUCUCAGCCCAUAAGCUUUCUGGUCUCUGGAACUCGGCUCACAGCAACGGAGGGAUUCACUGCAACCACAGCACUGCCUCGCACGCACAGCAAGGAACAGGGGGACCAGCGUGUCAUGAGAAGCGAGUCUCUCACGAGGCUCCUGGGAAAUCUGCUAAAACGCCUGGGGCCAAAGUGUGCCCCUACAGCCACCCUUCCCAGAAUUCCAGUGGUUCUUCCCCCGGGAGCCCGCUCUCUACCUCCGGGGACCUCUGUAAGACCACCCCAAAGCACUUCAAGACCAUGUGCCGACGACCAACACCGCCUGGGGAAGCAUUCCACCCCAGCGACCACCACCAACACUCAGACCUGUCUGUCCCCCCCAACAGCCCCACUGGCCUCUCCUCCUCCUCUCAGCAUUCCUCUCUCCUUCCCCUCAAGCCGAGCUCCGGAGGGCAGCAGCACGGCCAUGUCACAUCCUCCUCCUCCUCUCCCGGUCUAGCUGCUCACGCCCCCUUCUCCCCGCUGGUACCAAACCUCCACGUCCCCGCGGCAGGGGCCAAGCUGGGGGCCCUGGGUGGCCCUGACUGCUCAGCAGGGGCCAAGCUGGGGGCCUUGGGUGGCCCUGACUGCUCAGCAGGGGCCAAGCUGGGGGCCUUGGGUGGCCCUGACUGCUCAGCAGGGGCCAAGCUGGGGGCCUUGGGUGGCCCUGACUGCCCAACAGGGGCCAAGCUGGGGGCCUUGGGUGGCCCUGACUGCCCAACAGGGGCCAAGCUGGGGGCCUUGGGUGGCCCUGACUGCUCAGCAGCGGCCCUCCAUAAGCCCUUGGCGUGUAAGAACUCACACAUUCCUCCUGUGAACGGCCAGCACAGCAAACUGGGCCCCUCCCAGAUGGGCUGUAACCACCCCUGUAAUGGCCACAGUGGGGGGGCGCUGCCCUCUUCCAACACGUUGACCGCUGGGCAACACCUGUCCGCUGGGCAACACCUGUCCGCUGGGCAACACCUGUCCGCUGGGCAACACCUGUCCGCUGGCGCCUGCAGGGACCAGGCGUGUAAAGGACAUAAGCUGUCUAACGGGGCGGGGGGGUUGUGUCACCCCCCUUCGGAGCUGGAGGAGGGAGAGGACGAGGACUCUAGUUCUGAGAGGAGCUCCUGUGCUUCCUCCUCAAACAACCAGAAGGAUGGGAAGUACUGUGACUGCUGCUACUGUGAGUUCUUCGGACACAACGCGCCCCCGGCGGCUCCGACCAGCCGUAACUACACAGAGAUCCGAGAGAAGCUCCGGUCCCGGCUGACGCGACGCAAGGAGGAGUGUCUUCCCCAGAGACGGGACUCUGACCCGGCCGUGUCCACCUCCAUCGACCACCGAGACGUGGACGAGCUGCUGGACUUCAUCAACUCCUCAGAGCACAAACCAGCCAACAGCGCUAAGGCUGCCAAGCGGGCACGCCAUAAACAGAAGAAGAAGGAGAAGCAGACCCAGGCGGGUAGUGGUGAUGGUGAGGGAGCUGGUAGCGACCCCCCCUCCACCCCUCCAGAGCCCAGUGAGGACCCAGACCACCUCAGCCUGGAGGAGGAGGAGGAGGAUGUGGAUGGGGAGUACGGUGAGGGCCCGGAGGCUAGUCGGCUGCUGGAGUGGCCCCAGCUGGAACUAGAGAGGGUCAACUCCUUCCUGACUUCUCGGCUAGAGGAGAUCAAGAACACCAUCAAGGACUCUAUCCGUGCGUCGUUCUCCAUGUACGACCUCAACCUGGAUGUGAAUGACUUCCCGAAGAAGGCUGCUACUCUGGAGGGCAACCAUCUUCUCUCCCACCUCAACGGCUCCUCCUGCUCUGACCUGCAGCAGAUAGACCUCGACCUGGCCCCUCUCUCCCUGGGUACCUUCAAGAGCCAUCUGGACCUGGUCAGCGGCUGGGAGGAGGCCCAUCCCCGGGACAACUCCCCCAUCGGCCCCAUCUCAACCCCUGCUAGUACUACUGUAUCUGGGGUAGGGGGACCAGGGGUUGGUACUGGGGGGAAGGAUGUUCACAGGCUCCACACCACCUCCAGCCUCUCCAAGCUGAUCCGGGUGCGCUCCCCAGAGAGGUGCCCCUCUGCUAGGCCUGAGAAUAAACACCAGGCCCCUGCUUCGAUCCAGACCCAGGCCUCUAUUAAGGUAGCUAAGCCUAAAGAGGAGACCCCAGCGGAGCCCAAGAACAUUACUACUCCUCCUCCUGGGGUUAAUGUUGGGGCUGGUAAGAACAUUACUACUCCUACUCCUGGGGCUGGCAAGCUGAAGAAGGGCAAGAAGCAGCAACGUCAGGACCAGCUGCCUCCAGAACAGAACCAGACCAGACCCGGAUCCAAAGCAGCUGCGGAGUCGCAGAAAACUGGUUCUGAUGCUGUGGGUUCUAAGGCUGGUUCUGGUUCCAAACCACCACCUCACUCGGCUGAGAGCCAGAGAACCGGGGCAAGGAGGGCGGAGGAGACCAGACCCACCCGGCAGCAGGCCACCAACGGGACAGCGAGUAGCUCCGGUGCUCCCAGCACCCAAAGAGGGAAGGGGGAGGAGCAAGAGGCCAAAGGUCACUCUGUCACCUCAACCAAUCACAACCAAGCCCAGCAGCAGCAGCAACCCAAGGGGAAGAAUAAGAAGAACAAGAACAAGGGAGAGAAAACCAGCCGCAACAUCGACGAUGUGUUUCUCCCUAAAGACGUGGACCCAAAAGAAAUGGAUGAGAUUGAUCGUGAGGUGGAAUACUUCAAAAGGUUUUGCCUCGACUCUGCUAAACAGCCCCGCCAGAAGGUUGCAGUAAACUGGUCCAACUUUACCCUCAAAAAGGUUCCUUCCAACGCAGCCCAGUAACUGACGGGGUUCUAGAAUACAGAACCAGCCCAGUAACUGACGGGGUUCUAGAAUGCAGAACCAGCCCAGUAACUGACGGGGUUCUAGAAUACAGAACCAGCCCAGUAACUGACGGGUUCUAGAAUACAGAACCAGCCCAGUAACUGACGGGUUCUAGAAUGCAGAACCCCCCCCCCCCCAACGUGACUAUGUCCAUACAACCCCGACGGCCUGAGGCCUUCUCUCAUUCCCACUCUUCCUCUUCUUCCUCACCAAGCCGAGGAACCCUGGUGCAACACCAUUUUCCAUUGGUCAGGACUGCGAUGCUAUUGGCUGACAGCCGGGGAUCAUUCACACACACGGGCCCGACUGAGGACUCGCCUCUUUGCUGUUUCACAACGAGGGAGAUGAGAGAUCCAGGGUUGGUUCUCCGUCUGUCAAGAUCAGAUCUACUGUGUACUUCACUAUGUAGUAUGGAAAACAGUUACCUUUUUUUACAAUAAAAAAUGUGUUUUUAUUGUAAUUGUGGGACAUUUUAACAUUGUAGAAACCUUCUUGGAUUGUUAUUGGUUGGAUCUAUUUGGUGCUUCUGUUCUCUAAAGGUACUGACCCACUUUUACUGUCUUUAGUUUAGGGUAAUCUCCCCCAUCUCUCCCUCAACACACAGCCCUCUGUUUAUUGGCACUCUUUUAGAUAAUCAAUUGUCUCUAAAGGAUUUUACGUUGAUUUUUAAGUUCAAUGUUGAUCUUACGUUGAUUUUAAGAUCAGAAUAGGUCUUAUGGUAUGGGGGAUGUCAGGUUAACGCACCUUAUACUGUCAUGGACACCAUGUGUGGGUUGGUUAUCUAUACUGUCAUGGACACCAUGUAUGGGUUGGUUAGCUAUACUGUCAUGGACACCAUGUGUGGGUUGGUUAUCUAUACUGUCAUGGACACCACCAUGUGUGGGUUGGUUAUCUAUACUGUCAUGGACACCAACACCAUGUGUGGGUUGGUUAUCUAUACUGUCAUGGACACCAUGUGUGGGUUGGUUAUCUAUACUGUCAUGGACACCAUGUAUGGGUUGGUUAUCUAUACUGUCAUGGACACCAUGUGUGGGUUGGUUAUCUAUACUGUCAUGGACACCAUGUGUGGGUUGGUUAUCUAUACUGUCAUGGACACCAUGUGUGGGUUGGUUAUCUAUACUGUCAUGGACACCAUGUGUGGGUUGGUUAUCUAUACUGUCAUGGACACCAUGUAUGGGUUGGUUAGCUAUACUGUCAUGGACACCAUGUGUGGGUUGGUUAUCUAUACUGUCAUGGACACCAUGUGUGGGUUGGUUAUCUAUACUGUCAUGGACACCACCAUGUGUGGGUUGGUUAGCUAUACUGUCAUGGACACCAUGUGUGGGUUUGUUAUCUAUACUGUCAUGGACACCACCAUGUGUGGGUUGGUUAUCUAUACUGUCAUGGACACCACCAUGUGUGGGUUGGUUAUCUAUACUGUCAUGGACACCACCAUGUGUGGGUUGGUUAUCUAUACUGUCAUGGACACCAUGUGUGGGUUGGUUAUCUAUACUGUCAUGGACACCACCAUGUGUGGGUUGGUUAUCUAUACUGUCAUGGACACCAUGUGUGGGUUGGUUAUCUAUACUGUCAUGGACACCAUGUAUGGGUUGGUUAUCUAUACUGUCAUGGACACCACCAUGUGUGGGUUGGUUAUCUAUACUGUCAUGGACACCACCAUGUGUGGGUUGGUUAGCUAUACUGUCAUGGACACCACCAUGUGUGGGUUGGUUAGCUAUACUGUCAUGGACACCAUGUAUGGGUUGGUUAUCUAUACUGUCAUGGACACCAUGUGUGGGUUGGUUAGCUAUACUGUCAUGGACACCAUGUAUGGGUUGGUUAUCUAUACUGUCAUGGACACCAUGUGUGGGUUGAUUAUCUAUACUGUCAUGGACACCAUGUAUGGGUUGGUUAUCUAUACUGUCAUGGACACCAUGUGUGGGUUGGUUAUCUAUACUGUCAUGGACACCAUGUAUGGGUUGGUUAUCUAUACUGUCAUGGACACCAUGUGUGGGUUGGUUAUCUAUACUGUCAUGGACACCAUGUGUGGGUUGGUUAUCUAUACUGUCAUGGACACCAUGUGUGGGUUGGUUAUCUAUACUGUCAUGGACACCACCAUGUGUGGGUUGGUUAGCUAUACUGUCAUGGACACCAUGUAUGGGUUGGUUAUCUAUACUGUCAUGGACACCAUGUGUGGGUUGGUUAUCUAUACUGUCAUGGACACCAUGUGUGGGUUGGUUAUCUAUACUGUCAUGGACACCAUGUGUGGGUUGGUUAUCUAUACUGUCAUGGACACCAUGUGUGGGUUGGUUAUCUAUACUGUCAUGGACACCAUGUGUGGGUUGGUUAUCUAUACUGUCAUGGACACCAUGUGUGGGUUGGUUAUCUAUACUGUCAUGGACACCAUGUGUGGGUUGGUUAUCUAUACUGUCAUGGACACCAUGUGUGGGUUGGUUAUCUAUACUGUCAUGGACACCAUGUGUGGGUUGGUUAUCUAUCCUGGUAUUGUGCUCUCAUGACCCCGACUCGUACUGCUCUGAUUGUGCCAACGUGACCCCCUCAUUAUGACAUCACAGGUUGAACCAACACUGUUCGUUCAUUUAAUGGUUUGUAGCUUCAACAUCAAGUCUGAGUUCAAGAUUGUGCCCUAUUCGCUAUGUAGUGCACUCCUUUAGACGUGGACCCCCGUAGGGCUAUAGUGAAAAGUAGUGCACUAUAUAGGGAAUAGGGUGCAACCAUAGAGUCCCAUUGAGUAAGUCAUUAUGGUGUAGUUUAUCAAUGUUCGAUGUCAAAUGUUCCUCAAACUGUCAACGACAGUGGAUGACACAGACCAAUAGAUUCAUUACCCCUCUUGUACAAUGCUAUUAUUUUGUAUGAAAUUGUGACAAAUGGUUGUGUUUUAACAAAAAAUUUUUUUUUUUUUUGGAAAGUAAUCAACGACACUAAUAUAAACUCGAUCUUUUUUUGUUGUUGAAAUAAACAAAAUAUUUAUCUGGUUACUAUGUUUAACACUUGGAAUCACAUCUUCACAAGAUGUGGUUAAAUGAAACCAGAUUGAUUUCUCCCACCUGUAUAUUCUAUAUAAGUCAUUCAGUGGUCAGCCUCCCCAUGUUCUGAUAUCGAGCCAUGCUCCAUACUUCUCUUUAUGCUUCAAAGUUACAUCUCCCAUUGGUUGUUGAAGUAACUGCUAGUCAGAGCUGAUAUCUCCCAUUGGUUGUUGAAGUAACUGCUAGUCAGAGCUGAUAUCUCCCAUUGGUUGUUGAUGUAACUGCUAAUCAGAGCUGAUAUCUCCCAUUGGUUGUUGAUGUAAUUGCUAGUCAGAGCUGAUAUCUCCCAUUGGUUGUUGAAGUAACUGCUAGUCAGAGCUGAUAUCUCCCAUUGGUUGUUGAAGUAACUGCUAGUCAGAGCUGAUAUCUCCCAUUGGUUGUUGAAGUAACUGCUAGUCAGAGCUGAUAUCUCCCAUUGGUUGUUGAAGUAACUGCUAGUCAGAGCUGAUAUCUCCCAUUGGUUGUUGAUGUAACUGCUAAUCAGAGCUGAUAUCUUCCCCUAUGGUGGUCUGUGAUUAUGGUUCUAUACUGUGGCCAUGUUCUCAAACGGCACGCUAUUCCCUAUAUAGUGCACUACCUGUGACCAUGGCCCAUAGGGUAGUGUACUACCUGUGACCAUGGCCCAUAGGGUAGUGCACUACCUGUGACCAUGGCCCAUAGGGUAGUGCACUACCUGUGACCAUGGCCUAUAGGGUAGUGCACUACCUGUGACCAUGGCCUAUAGGGUAGUGCACUACCUGUGACCAUGGCCUAUAGGGUAGUGCACUACCUGUGACCAUGGCCCAUAGGGUAGUGCACUACCUGUGACCAUGGCCUAUAGGGUAGUGCACUACUUGUGACCAUGGCCUAUAGGGUAGUGCACUACUUGUGACCAUGGCCCAUAGGGUAGUGUACUAUAUAGGGAAUAGGGUGCUAUUUGGGACGCUACACCAUGGCUGCCUCAUACUGUUUUGAUCUCUCAAGUCCUUCACAUACAGUCUUCAUGAGGUAUCCAGCGAACGAAAACAGACAAACAGGAAGGGACGACUUGUCCAUUUUAACAACUGUUUUUUUUUUUUCGUUUUUUUUUUUUUCCAGUUGAACAUUUUUUGUACAUAAAAGUGAUUUUGGGGGCAUUUUAAACAAGUCCGCAAUUAUAACCUGGUCUCACUGAGGUUUGGUGAGGUAUUCAACCAUGGUACAAAAAUUCACAAUGCUCUCUUGACUCUUGUGAGGUCAUACAUCUCAAUAAGAACCUCUGCUGUCACUCUUCUGAGUUCCCUUUUCUGAUCAGAAAAACGAUCAAUAGUUUUAAAGUGAUGUUUCCGAUAGAAGUGGUGCUUCGACGAUUCCAAGUUGGUCAUCAAAAAAAACAUGUCUCAAGUUUCCGUGACUUUAUGUUUUAUUUUAUUUUUUUCCUUUCCAGAAAAUCUGUUUCUGAAAUGUUGUAUCCCAGUUUUGUAUUCAACUAGAGGACAUGAUCUGAAAUGUGUGGAAUGUAGAUGUACACUAUACCGUUAAUGUCGGCCGAAGACAAGUUGGCCUUUCUGUUUCUGUUUUUUUUUAAUUAUUAUUAUUAUUCACUUUUGAUACUGUGAAAAUCUUUCGUUCAGAAAGAUUAAAACAUUACAGUUUUGACAAAA